ACAAACGAGCCCAUACCCUCCGCUACCUUCUCCUGCGAGUGCCGUUGCUGCUCCCCUUCCACUUCCACCGCGCCGCGGCUUCCACUCCUCCAUCCUCCUCCCCCGCCACCAAUCCUAACCCUAAUCCACGCUCACCAAACCCUAGCUCUAAGAUCCAUCCGCAUCCUCCGCAUGCCGCGCUUCCCCCGGUGGCUGCACCGGCCGAGCUGAGCCAGACAGCCGGUCCCAUCUCUCCGCCGCGGCCGCCGUUGCAGUUGCAGCCGCCGCCAUGGGCUGCGUCUGCGGCCGCCCCUCCUCCGCCUUCGACGACGGCCAGUGCCGCACAACGCCUCCGCCGGCUGCGAAGCUCUCGGCGGCGGUGAGGAGGGAGGAGGAGGCGCGGAAGCAGCAGCAGCAGCAUGCGAGGACGGGGAGCGGGAGGGAGGAGGCUCUGGAGAGGAGGCGGGCGAUGAUGGCGAUGGCGGCGGCGUGCCAGGUCAGGAGUCCGGUGCCCAGGGCGGUGGAGGGGGAGCAGGUGGCUGCGGGGUGGCCGCCGUGGCUCGUCGCAGUCGCCCCGGAGGCCGUGCGCGGAUGGGUGCCGCGCCGCGCCGAGUCGUUCGAGAAGCUCGACAAGGUAGGACUUCCCUUCUUCAUUGCUUUGCCCCUGUUAGUUUGUUCUCUUCAGUCUUCCCAUUUUGCUCUCGCCUUUCGCCUGUGUUGGAAUCUCAGAACAGUAAUAAUUUGUAAAAUUAUGCUGUAGAUUUUGAGUUUUUUG